AUGCCGUCCGUGUGGAUGACAGAUAACCAAAAAAUUGGGGUCAUAUUCUGCUCCGGUGGAGGCCUAUUCUUAUUCGGCGGAGUGCUCAUGUUCUUCGAUCGAUCAUUACUCGCCAUGGGAAACAUCCUCUUCCUGAUCGGCCUAACGCUAAUAAUCGGAUUUGAAAAAACCCUCGCGUUCUUCUCGCGCCGCCAAAAGCUCAAAGGCACUGCCGGAUUCGCCCUCGGCAUCAUUCUGAUCCUAUUCCGGUGGCCCCUAACCGGGUUUCUGAUUGAGCUUUACGGCCUCUUCAUUCUUUUUGGCGACUUUUUGGUCACGAUUGGCCAGUUCGCUGGGAAUAUCCCUGUUGUUGGACCCUUCAUCCAGCGAGUUUUGGAGACCCUCGCGGGUGGGAGGAGGAAUGCUGAGUUGCCGGUUUAG